CCGGUAGGCCAGUCACAGUCCAGACACGAUAGGGCAUAGACGCUCGCUGCUCUGAUCCCUCACCAACCCGGGACAAAGACUUUACUCCGAGUGACACAGAACUUGCAGAGAACUUCACCAUGGCACACCUCAAGGUUCUUACCCCAGGGGAAUCCAACCUAGUGGAUCUCCUCGGCCCACUCCCAACAGAAGAAGGGCUAGUGGAUGAUGAUGUGGAGGCACUGGAGGUGGACGAGGAGAUGCUUGAUGACCCCGUGGAGGUGCGGGCGUGGGCGGCGAUGAGGCGGAGGGUGGAGGAGGAGAUCAAACUCAACACCCACAACUCCAUCGUGUACCCCCCACACCUCCUCGACCAGGUGGCAGAACACGUACUCGAGCUUUCCAAGGACGAGCCGUGUGGACUGAGAGGCUGCGUGCUCUUCGUCGUGUAUCAAGACCCUGAACUUGGUGAACAGCAGUUGGCCAAGAUGAAGGCUGACAGGAACAUGCCCUCCACCCACCUUCUCGUCCUCAAACUCAAGGCAGACCCCACCUCCUGGUACACCAAGAUGGCCAGAAUCUUCAGGUCAUUGGGCAAGAGGAAAAUGGUGGUGUCUCCCAAAUACGAGUUGCUGAAGAAGAACUUUUAUGAUGACCCACAAGUCUUGAUGGUUCAGUAGAGGCGACAGCAGGAGGAAGAAGAGGAGGAUGGAGGUUGACAAGAAAAGCAACGGAAGAGUGAGAGAGAGAAAGGAAGCAACAAAGAGGAUUAUACGAUUAGAGAAACCUGGAAAAAGGGAGGAAGAGAGAAGGAAGACUUACAAGAGGAAGGAAAACAAGGAGAGAACGGAAGAAAGAGAAACCUACCCUCUAAACUGUGCUAUAUUUAGAGGAAAGGAAUUAGAAGAGAAAGAACAACGAAGCUGAAGAGAAUUACAACUCGGCAACGAACGACAUUUUAGGAAAGACAAGAAGAAAAUUGAAGUUGAAGUCUCAUGGAAGUUUCACCUCCACCUCCACCCACACCUGAACGUACAAGAUUGAGGAGUCUGAGCAGCAGUCACACUUUCAUCAUCACCAUCAUCAUCACUUAUUUUUCUAACAUUUUGUAUUUAUUUUUCCCUAACACGAGGCUCUCUCAAAGCAUCAUCAUCAUCAUCAUCUUUAUUUCACAACUGGAGACAAUGUUAAGAUAGACACUGACACUCGAAUGAGGUUGAACGCCGAAGUUAUGUUGUUUUUAACUUGGCUAUACUGUUUUUUGUUCACUUUUACGUCAGUUCAUUCAUCACUCAUCGUUAUCACUUCAAGAGUACUCGAGGAGGUCGUAUGAGGAUCUCUCUACCCGUUUAGUUGAUAAGGGAGAAGUGUGCUAUGCGACACUUCUAUAAAUGUUGUAAUCAUCAUUUGCUGGAAUCAAACCCAUUACAGUGAAUUUACUAAAACAGUGAGAAAAAUUACCUUAAACAAAAACUACAAAAAAGUUAAUCAUAUACUAUUAGAUUUUCCAAUUAAACAAAGUAAGCUUAUGUUAAACUUUUCUACUGCAGAAGUACACACCAACUAGUUCUUAAGUUAUUGUUACAAACGAACCAUACAAUACAAUAUAAGUUUUUUGAUACGUAGUGUACUGAGACGACUAAGAAAAACUUGUACUUGUAUGUCUGUAUGUAUGUAUGCAUGUUUGUCUGUAUACGUCCUUGUCGCCAACGCAGCGGAAAGUCGUGGGAGAUGUUCCAUAUUCGCGAUUUCCGUCUUCGCGUUGGCGCGGGACGAGCCCGUCACACACUCAAGGGCUGCUAGUCGGCACAAUCGCCCCCUUGUGAUAAAGCUGAACUUGUGAUAUUUUUGUAUUUGAAUAAAAAAACCCGUACAAAGAUUUUACCUGAA